AUUCUGAAGGAAAUGAGCGGAAAUAUCGUACGUCACUUCCUGGCCCCUCCACAAGCGCGAAUUUUUUGUUUGUUGGCAAAAAGCUCCAAAAUCUUCGGUCAUGGACGACGUCUCCGUGGACGGUUUGAUCCUGAAGCUUCAUGACGUGAACGCGGUGAAGUUCGGAGAAUAUAAACUGAAGAGCGGCCUGAUGACGCCGAUCUACAUCGACCUGAGGGUCCUGGUGUCGCACCCGCGACUCAUGAACCAGGUCUCCAGCCUCAUCUAUCGCUGCGUGAAGGAGGAAGGCCUUCAGUUCCAGUCGGUGUGUGGAGUUCCUUACACGGCUCUUCCUCUGGCCACCAUCAUCUGCUCCACGCACGAGCUGCCCAUGCUCAUAAGGCGGAAGGAGGCCAAGGACUAUGGAACCAAGAAGCUGGUGGAGGGGUCCUUCCGUGGGGGGGACACGUGUCUGAUCAUCGAGGACACCGUGACCAGCGGCAGCAGCAUCCUGGAGACGGCAGACGUGCUCUGCAAAGAAGGGCUGAAGGUGACGGACGCCGUCGUUCUAAUGGACAGAGAGCAGGGCGGCGUGGAGAUGCUGGCGUCUCGGGGAAUCAGACUCCUGCCCGUCAUUUCCAUGUUCAAGCUGCUGGACGUCCUGCUCGCCGCUGGACGCAUCGACGGGCCGACGGCCCAGAGCGUCCGCAGGUUCAUCCAGGACAACAACACCUUCAGCUCCAAAAAGGAAAACGGUGGUGAAGCUGCAACCAAGAAGCCGUGUCUGGACCUGAAACGGGAGCAGAGCUACGCUGACCGGGCCCAGUUACCGAACGUCCAUCCUCUGGCCUCAAAGCUUCUGCAGAUCAUGGAGGAGAAGCAGUCCAACCUUUGUGUCUCUGCUGACGUGACGAGCAGCGAGGAGCUGCUGCAGCUCGCCGACCUGCUCGGCCCAAAGAUCUGCGUCCUGAAGACCCACGUGGACAUCCUGAAGGACUUCACACAGGACUUCAGCCUGAAGCUGCAGGUUUUGGCGGACAAACACAACUUCCUCAUAUUUGAAGAUCGCAAGUUUGCCGACAUCGGAAACACCGUCAAGCACCAGUAUGAAGGCGGCGUUUACCAGAUCUCCUCGUGGUCCCACAUUGUAAACGCUCACGCCGUCCCGGGGCCUGGCGUCGUCAGGGGCCUCUGCGCGGUGGGGAAGCCUCUGGGCCGCGGCUGCCUGCUCCUCGCUCAGAUGAGCUCCAGCGGCUCCCUGGCCACCGGCGGAUACACAGCGGCUGCGGUGCAGAUGGCAGAGGAGCAUUCGGACUUUGUGAUGGGGUUCAUCUGCUGCUCCAAGGUCACCCAGAGCCCCCAGUUCAUCCACAUGACUCCUGGGGUGCAGCUGGAAGCUGGAGGAGAUUCAUUGGGCCAGCAGUACGCCACCCCUGAGGAAGUGAUUUGCAGGAGAGGCUCUGACAUCAUCAUCGUGGGACGGGGUAUCCUGGAGGCUCCUGAUAGGCUGAAGGCUGCCGAGUCGUACCGACAGUCGGGCUGGGACGCGUACAUGAAGACCCGGAGCGGCCAGUAAGGAGGACGGAGCCUUUCGGGGAGACUCGGCCCCCACAGAGGAGUUGCGUUAGCAGUUCCAAUCCGACACAUCGCUGACCCGCAGACGUUAGUGCCGCCAACAAAAAAAGCCUCUGUCCUUUCCCGCCAUCGCAGCCCCCAGCUCUGCGCCGCUCGGCUGGUUCCUCCUGGUCACGACUGGACUUCCUGUCAAGUGAUUCCGUUCUGUGAAUGUUCCUGCAGACGGGAACGUGAAGCUGGACCGUCUCUGCUGCUCUGUGUGUCCUCAGGGGUCAAGACACUUCCUUCCUCCCUUCAAAUGAUGCAAUUAGGAAAACCUGUGUGUGUGUGUGCACGUGUGUGUGUGUGUUGGGAUCAGCUGGUUUUUGGUGCAGACUGUUCCUCAUGCAUCCUCCUGAUCCUCGGUCAGGGUCAAACGGAGAUUGUAGGUGUGUGUGUGUAUCCUUGUGUGUGUUUGUGUGUAUCCAUGAGUGUGUGUUUGUGUGUAUCCAUGAGUGUGUUUGUGUGUAUCCAUGAGUGUGUGUUUGUGUGUAUCCUUGUGCGUGUUUGUGUGUAUCCAUGCGUGCACGUGUGUUACAGGCUUCUCUGCUUCAGUAUUCAUGGAUGACUGACGCCCUCUCUUCCAGGUUGUGGGAUCAGAACUGUCAGUCAUGCGCCGUCCACGUUCCUCAUGUCUAAAUCUGAUGUAAUAAACUUGUUUUCUUUCAUUCU